UCUUUCCCUCCCGGAGGGUGGACACACCUUCUCCUGGUACGAAUCACAGGCCCUGGAUGGAAGGAGAAUCUCUGCCUCCUAAGCCAGCUCUGAAUUCACCUAAGCUGGAGAAGGACUGGAAAAGGGGGGUCCCAGCAGACACCCGCCCCCCAGGCUGCCAGGGUCAUCACAGGCAGUGACCCAUGCUGGCAUGUCUCCUUUGGAAGUUGCCGUGUGAGGACUUCCAGAGAAGUUGUUCGGUCCUAUCUAGAUUCAUACGUCCCUGCAGGCCCGGGAUGUGGGCACCCCUGCCCUGGGCAGUGCUGGCCCUGACCUCUGCCCACAGCCCUCCCAGACGGCUUCUGUGCCCUCCUACGCACAGCGGCCCCUUCCCACCUUCUCCGACCUCAGUUAGUUAGAAACUAGCAGGGCAGGGGCCACCUGCCCGUGCCAUUCGCCACAGCCGCUUCGGCAGUGCGUGUCCCUGUGGGAGGCGCUCGCAGCAGCUCAGUCAGUCCCUCCAGCUCUAGGCCUGUGGAGGUCCAGCCUCAGGUGGCAGGUGGCGGGUGGCUGGUGGCCUCUGCAGUGGUGCUGGCAGGCCUGUAGGUGGGGACAGAGAGGCUCUGCAGGGCAGAGGUGAGCAGGUCUGCCAGGUGGAGGGUGGCCGAGGGGCCCAGCACGAGGCCUCCGUCUGGGUGGAGGGGCCCCGGCUGGAACAAAGCUGAGAAAAGGACCAGGUAGGAUGGCUCCGCUGACUGGGGACCAGAAUCAGGUGCCUCGCGGUACUUGGUUCUCGGUCCCUUCCCCCCAGAGUGGCAUGCAGUUGGGUAAUGGGCAGGGCCCUCAGCGCCCAUGGUGGCUGUCUCUAUCUGUGUCUUGGGGAGAAGGAUCUAGGGGCACCCGCCUAGACAAGGUGGCGUUGCCUUGGGCCUGGGCGGGCUGUGGAGGAAGGUGUCCCAAGGGGCUGGGCUGGCACAGCCUGUUAGCCGACAGCCAGAGCGGUGUCAUAAUUGGCCCCCAGGAGGGAUGUUGUUGGUCUCCUUCCACCUGAACACUCCACCUCUCCUGGGGCCACCCCCGGCCUGGCGCUGGGUGUGAGCCGUGUGAUUCUCGGCACGCUCCGGGACUGUGUGUCCAGGGAUGGGAGGGUCUCAGGACAGAGUUAGAUCCCUCUGAGCUGAUGGUGUGAGUCAGCCCCGGUGGGCCUCACACGUCUCUCCACUUGCUCUGCAGUGAUGGCCGAUCCCUUCUGUGUUGGAGCCAGCCGCCGGCUCCCAGGGUCCAGCAAGAGUGGGCCUGGGAAGGAUGGCAGCCGGAAUGAGGUGCGACUUCCUGUGCGGCAUGACCCACCAAAGCUGGGGUUGCCAGUGGCCCGGGGUGGGCAGUCGGUGCCCAGCCAGGCCCCACUCUGCUUCGACCCGGGAAGCCUGGCCAGUGACAGGACGGAAGGGAAGAAGAAGGGGCGCCCGAAAGCCGAGAACCAGGCCCUCCGAGACAUCCCUCUCUCCCUGAUGAACCAGUGGAAGGAUGAAUUCAAGGCACACUCCAGGGUGAAGUGUCCAAACUCGGGGUGCUGGCUGGAGUUCCCCAGCAUCUAUGGACUCAAGUACCAUUUCCAGCGGUGCCAAGGGGGUGCUAUCUCAGAAAGGCUGACCUUUCCCUGUCCCUUCUGUGAGGCCGCCUUCACCUCCAAGACCCAACUGGAGAAGCACCGGAUUUGGAACCACAUGGACCGACCCCUCCCUGCUCCCAAGCCUGGGCCCGUCAGCCGGCCGGUCACCAUCAGCCGGCCUGUUGGGGUCAGCAAGCCCAUUGGAGUGAGCAAGCCUGUUACUAUCGGCAAACCUGUGGGUGUCAGCAAACCCAUUGGCAUCAGCAAGCCCGUGACGGUCAGCAGGCCCGUGCCAGUUACCAAGCCCGUGACGGUCAGCAGGCCCGUGCCAGUCACCAAGCCCGUGACGGUCAGCAGGCCCGUGUCAGUCACCAAGGCUGUGCCGGUCACCAAGUCUGUGCCGGUCACCAAACCAGUGACCACAAACAAACCAGUGCCGAUGACAAAACUUGUGACAGUUACCAAACCCGUGCCAGUCACAAAGCCGGUGACGGUCAGCAGGCCCAUUGUGGUUAGUAAGCUGGUGACAGUCAGCAGGCCCAUUGCCAUCAGCAGACACACACCGUCCUGCAAGAUGGUGCUGCUGACCAAGUCUGAGAACAAAACUCGGGCCGCAGGGAGGAGCAGUGGGAAGAAAAGGGCCGCGGACGGCCUGGUCGCCUGCCCCAUCCCACCCAAGCAGACGAGGCCAGAGAAUGGUGAGCAUGGCCCGUCCACCCUGGGCCAGAGCUCAGCCUUCCAGUUGGGCACAGACCCCAGCGGUGGCCCCCUUUCUGUGGGCAACAGGCCCUCAGGAGGCAAGGAGGCUCCGAGGGCCCCAGGUCCUGUGUCCCCCACCGAGGAGGGAGCCGAGCGCACAAAGCACAGAAGGAAACAGAAAACACCCAAGAAGUUUACGGGGGAGCAGCCAUCCAUCUCAGGAACCUUUGGACUCAAAGGCCUGGUCAAGGCAGAAGACAAAUCCCGCAGCUACCGUGCCAGGAAGCAGGAGGGGCCGAGCCCCGAGGACGUCCGGAAGAAGGUGCCGGCCCCUGCCAGCACAGUCAACAAGGAGGUGCCGGCCCCCACGGCCCACCUGGCCCCAGGUGGCCCCGAGGAACAGUGGCAGCGGGCCAUCCACGAACGGGGGGAGGCCGUCUGCCCCACCUGCAGCGUGGUCACGCGGAAGACCCUGGUGGGGCUCAAGAAGCACAUGGAGGUGUGUCAGAAGCUGCAGGACGCACUCAAGUGCCAGCACUGCCGGAAGCAGUUCAAGUCCAAGGCCGGCCUCAACUACCACACCAUGGCUGAGCACAGCGCCAAGCCCUCCGACACCGAGGCCUCCGAGGGGAGUGAGCAGGAGGAGCGGGAGCGGCUGCGCAAGGUGCUGAAGCAGAUGGGGAGGCUGCGCUGCCCGCAGGAGGGCUGUGGGGCCGCCUUCUCCAGCCUUAUGGGCUACCAGUACCACCAGCGACGCUGCGGGAAGCCGCCCUGUGAAGUGGACAGCCCGUCCUUCCCCUGCGCCCACUGCGGCAAGACCUACCGCUCCAAGGCUGGCCACGACUACCACGUGCGCUCGGAGCAUGCGGCCCCGCCCCCUGAGGAGCCCGAGGACAAGCCCCCUGAGUCCGAGGACCUGUUGGGUGUCGAGCGGACCCCCAGUGGCCGCAUCCGCCGCACAUCGGCCCAGGUUGCUGUGUUCCACCUGCAGGAGAUUGCGGAAGAUGAGCUGGCCCGAGACUGGACCAAGCGGCGGAUGAAGGACGACCUGGUGCCCGAAACGGCACGGCUCAACUACACCCGGCCGGGCCUGCCCACGCUCAACCCCCAGCUGCUGGAGGCAUGGAAGAGCGAAGUCAAAGAGAAAGGCCACGUCAACUGCCCCAACGACUGCUGUGGAGCCAUCUACUCCAGCGUGUCUGGCCUCAAGGCCCACCUCGCCGGCUGCAGCAAGGGGGACCACCUGGUGGGGAAGUACGGCUGCCUGCUGUGCGCAAAGGAGUUCAGCUCUGAGAGCGGGGUCAAGUACCACAUCCUCAAGGCCCACGCAGAGAACUGGUUCCGGACUUCGGCAGAUCCGCCUCCCAAACACCGGAGCCAGGACUCUUUGGUGCCCCAGAAGGAGGAGAAGAGCCUGGCUGGUGGGAGGAAGCGGGGCCGCAAGCCCAAGGAGCGGCCGCCCGAGGAGCCUGCUCCCAGGACGCCCCCUCGCCAGGACGACUGGCCCCCCGGAGGCAGAGACAAGGGGGUCCGUGGCUCCGCUGGCCGGAAGGUGGGAGCUGGCAAGGCACCCGAGAAGUGAGCGAGGUGGCUGGCAGGUGGGUGGGGCCCGGACUCAAUGCUGGCCACCGCCCCACUCUGUCCAGGGUGGGAGUAGCUAGGUCCGGGACAGUCUGUGCUCCAGUUCUCCACCCCCACCCCUGCCUGUCUAUCUGUCCAGUGGGGCAGCCAGCCCCUGUCCCCUCCCAGAGGUUGGCCCUUCCCUUGUGCAGGCUGCUACAGGGCACACCUGGGCUGUGCCCCCUGGGGAGGGCCAGUGGUGGCAUCAGAAGUGCAAUAGCCUGGAGGGACACUCACAGGCCUAGCAGAGUCUGGGGUCCUGGACGGGCAGGAGGAGGGUCCAUGACCUGGGCCUUGGUGCCAUGGGGUUGGUGCAGAGUGGCCAGAUGCCUUUCGGCCCUCGCCACGCGAGCUGCAUGCCCCGUCUGCUUCCUCAGGCCCAAGGCUCAGGGGUCCCUGGUUCUGGGCUGAUGAGGGUACCUGGGCAGCCUAGCCUCUCUACCAGACACUGGAACCCCAGCGCCCCCAGCUACCUCCCAGGACAGACCUGAGUCUAACCGCUGCCGUGCUGACCUGACGCCUCCCUACCCCACCACCUCCAGUUCCUCCGCUUCUGUUCUCUACCUCUCCAGGCCCCCCCGCCCCCGUCUGUGCGACCCCUGCUGUGCUUGGGCCCCUGCCCCUGCCCCCCUGGCCUGUGUCUGUCAUGGUGGGGGGCCGUCCCCAGUGGUGCUUGGGGCAAGGGAGGGGCUCUGCUUUUCCCACUCACAGGGCUGCAGGAACAGGGGUUCAAGGUCCAUGGGUGUGGCUGCCAGCCCUGGGCGUAGGGGCCACGUAGAGCAGGCUCUGCCUCCAAACUCUAGCUUCGCCGACACUACUGGCCUGGCCUGGAGCAGCCCGAUGGUUUAGGGAUGGACUGGUCUGGGCUCUGGGGUUGACCUGGGGCCCGUGGGCAUGUGGGGCAAGGAGCUGAGGCCCGGAUCUGAGUGGCUGCUGUAGGAAGUAGCCUUCAGUCUGCUCGGCUGGAUUGGCCUGUGGCCAAGCUCCCGUGGGAGCCCCCUUCCCCUGUUUUAACCUGCUCCUUCGUGUCUGGUUGUGUGGUCUUUUGACGUGAGAGCUGAAGGCCAGGGAGGGGGCUUGACCAAGGUCAUAGUGGGUCACUUGGAGCUCCAGGGCUCUCUUGGCUCUCUUUGGGGCCCUGAGGAUGGCUGGGUCUGCAGGCUGGGCAGGGGUUAGGCUAGAGUCCAGGGCAUUGGAGGAGGUGACUACACAGCCUCUGGCCUCCUCCUGGGGCUCUGCCCUCCGAAUGUGGCAUUGCUGGGAGGAGGAGGAUGCUCCAGGCUGCUGGUUUUGAAUGGAGGCUGUUUUCCCCGGGGGUGGGGGUGGGGGGUGGGAUGAGGGCUCGGCCUUGCCGAUCCUGGACGAUGUGAAUUUUGAUAUUUGCCCGUGUGCGUGUGUCUCCUGGGUGUGUAGUGGAUGCCAGUCUUGUUGCUGUGACAAGUAACAACCUUUUUUUAAUUCUGUUUUUUAUACAAAAACUUACAACAAUCUGACAUUUGGUGCUAAGGGUUCCCUGGUGCCAACGGUGGAUGUGGGGGCCUGCUCGGGCCCCUGGGGUCCCUCCCCUGCUCAGGGUGGCAGUGAUGACUGGGCAGCCCUCUGCCCCCCAGCCCCGUCCUCGUCCAGCCCCUGGAGAGGAGGGGCUCCAAGCUGGGCUCAGCUCUCCUUGCCCUGCAGUAGGGGACAGGUUCCCAGGGGCUUUGGAGCCAGGUUGCUGUGCUGCCUGUGUCCAGCUUCCUUCCUUGGCCAGAAGGUUCUGGUCCUGGGCAGUGCUGGCCUGCUGUGCUAGAAGGGGUGUGAGAAGGUGGGCUCCUCCCCACUCACACGCACCUUGAUCUGAUCGAAGGCUGGAGGCAUGGGCCCGCGGAUGCGAUCCAGUGUCAAAGGUCAAGGUGGGCAGCAUGGGCAGGGCUUCGGUGCAGGACAGCUUUCUUUCCUGUAUCCUGGGCGUCACUAUGGUGUGCAGCUGGUGGAGGUGAGAUCAGGCAGCCACUGCAGGGGCAGCCGCAGGAGGGGAGACGGGAGUAGGCGCUGACAGGAGCCCAAUGGCUAGAGGAGGUUGGACCUCAACACCUCUGCUGGGGGCAGCCACCCACCCCAGCCUCUCAGGUACUUGGCCCUUGGGGAGUGGGGGGCUGGUUUUUGCUGGGGGGUGAGUUUCCAGGUCAUCCCCCAAAGUCCAUAAAUGGUCUCUGGUGUGGGAACCCCGCCUAGGUAUGUGGGAAGAGGUGGGGUCCUGGAUAACUUGACAUUUAGCACUUUAAGCCCCUUCCCUAUCUUUAAAGUGGGCGUGGGGGCUGCUGCCAAAAGUGGCUGUUGGGUCGGACCCCUCUCUCUGUCCCCUUCGUCCCUCCCUGCUUCCUGCGCUCUGGCUGGUGAGUGGCAGCGGCGAGCUGGUCUGCAGAGCCCUUGGAAGGGGGCAGAGCCCUGGGUGGCUCAGCAGGAUCUGCCCACCUCCCACUUUGGUGGGAGCACAGCUAGGUAACCCACCUAGCCUUGACCCACACCUUCAGUGAGAGGGACCAGAGCCGUAGACUCCUGGGGUGUGGUGGGCGUGGCCUCUGCCCGACCCCAGACCCCAGCUGAGGGCUAGUGCUGGUCCCUUUCUGAAGAUCUACCUCUGGCCCAGCCCACCCCACUUCGCUCAGAGAACAGGAAAGGGCUGGCUCAAGGGGCUGACACUUCACACAAGAAUAGGAUGCACUUUAUUUGCUUAUGCAAAGGCAGAUGAGGGUGUCUCUCGGUGUGACCAGUGACCCUCCCCCCGCCCCCGUAGCCCCCUCCUGUUCCUCUGGUUCAGAAGGGAAAGAACGGGUGUACCCUGACCUGUGGAGGGCAGGGCUGUCCCCUGUGUCCUUGCUCUGUGGGCCCCAGGUUACUUGCCCUGGAGCCCUGGGGUUCAAGGGAGCUGGCCAGCACUUCUGGCCCAGCAGCCACACGUCCUGUGCUUUGGGUUUCUUGGUUUGGUUUUUUUAAUGCCAGUUCUCCGUACAUAAGUGCAUUUUGAAAGAGAGGUCCCAGCUAUCACUUGUAACCAUAUAUAUACAUAUAUAUUCUAUCUACAAAGUGUUUAUUUGCAAGAUGUUUUGACGGUGAGCUCGGGCCCUGCCCGCCUUGUGACCAUCUGUCCCUGGUCCUCGUCCCCGCCCCGAGGCCCUGAGUGGCGUGGGGUGGGCCAUCAACUGUAUGUAUUAAAAAUGACUGUAUCAAAUAAAUGUUUAUUGACUUUUUUCCA